UAUUUGGACGAUUUACACAAUCCAGAUCCCCCAACUCUGAAUUGAAACUCACGAGAAUGCUACCACAAGCCAGCUACAUUUUUACCAUCAUGACUGUUAUUGCAUACUCCGCAGAGGGAGCGACGACAAACCGACAGCUAAAAAUAGCAGCCUACAACAUCAAAAGUUUCGGCGAUGCCAAAAUGGCCGACGUGGGGAGCUCCAUCGCAGCCAUCUUGUCCCAGUUUGACGUGGUGCUGAUCCAAGAAGUCCGAGACAAGGAUUUCUCUUCCUUGGAGAACCUGAAAUCUCGCCUGGGUUCUGCGGACUGGAACUACGUGUCCAGCAUCCCACUGGGCAGGACGACUUCCUACAAGGAGCAGUACGUUUUCUUCUACAGAAUAUCCUCCAUCAGCGUCCUCGGCACCUUCCAGUACAACGAUACCGCCCAGGACGUGUUCGAGAGAGAGCCGUUUGGGCUGUACCUGCAGUACUAUUCAGCAGCCCUGAGCCGCGGCGUUAAGAUUAUUUUGUUGGGAGCCCACACUCAACCUACCCAGGCUUAUCAGGAGAUUCAGGCACUCCCGGUUGUCAUGGCAUCAGCCAAAACCCAGUACCCAGUCAACUCGGGGGUUAUCACCAUGGGUGACUUUAACGCCGACUGUGCUUACGUCAGCAGCACGGAGUUAUCCAACCUGGAAGUGUUUACCUCCCCUGCCUAUCGCAGCCUGAUCCCGCACACUGCCGACACCACCACGGCCACCACCACGGACUGCGCUUACGACAGGGUGGUCAUUCAAGCCGGAACUGACGUCAUCGCCUCCAAUGCCGGUGUCUACAGUUCCGCGUGGACCCCUUCUCAAGCCGCCCUCAUCAGCGAUCACUACCCAGUGUAUUUUAGUCUUGAGUAG